GUGUGUUUUAAUGGGGAUCAGACUUAAAGUGAAGUAUAGAGAUGAAGUCUCUAGUUUUCUUGGGGCUUUUGGCCCUUGCAUGGGCAACCACUCUCAAAAAACCCGUCUACAAUACACAAGAACCGGUGUACCCAACUGAAGAGUUCUUGCAACAGCAGAAGAUUGUUUAUCAAUUAUUCCAAUAUGUGUACCAACCCAACUAUUUGCCUGAAUACGAAAAGAUUGGUUUAACUUACAACCUCGAGGAGAAUUUGCAAGGAUACAGCAACCCGAAAUAUGUACUUGAUUUCUUGAGUAACUACCAGGUUGGUAGUUUACCGAAAGGACAAGUAUUUUCCAUCUUCUACGACAAGCACCAAAAUGAAGCGAUCGCUUUCUUCAGGGUUUUAUACAGCGCUGUUGAUUUCGAAACUUUCUACAAAACCGCCGUUUGGGGAAGGAUGCACUUGAAUGAGGGUCUUUACAUCUACUCUCUUUCGGUUGCUUUGGUCCACAGACCCGAUACCUGGAAUCUCGAGUUACCACCGAUCUACGAAAUCUACCCAUUCUAUUUCUACAACUUCAACGUGUUCAGAUUAGCCGAACAAAAGACUGGAUAUUAUUUUGGAAACUACCCAACAACUUCUAAAUACCAAUACUACUUUGGAAAGUAUUUGCAAAACCAACAAUACCCAUAUGGGCAAUUGUAUGAAAGAUUCGGUCAACAACCAUGGUUCCAAAUGAGCAAAACCACCCCGUUCACUCAACAAUAUUUACAGAAAUACGGACAAUACCCGUGGUUCUCCAAAUACGAGCAAUCCAAUCCAGUUUAUGGAAGAUAUAUGGAAUCGAUUGAAACUCCCCAGCCAUGGUCGUUCAAAUACGAACAAUCUUACCCAUACCAAUAUGCCAAAAAACAAUUCCCAACUCAAUACGUUCCAUACAACCAAUACCAACAAAGUUACCCAUACGUACCACAACCCGAACAAUACUAUCAACAAUACAGCAAACAAUAUGGAAAAUCAUACCCAUGGAAUCAAGUACCAACUCAAUACACUCCAUACAGCCAACAAUACUACCAAAAAUACAACCAAUAUCCAACUCCAUACGGACCACAAAUUGAGCAAUACCAAAAAUUGAGCAAACUCCCAUGGUUCUCCUUCGAAAAAUACGGAAAGUCAUACCCAUGGAAUCAGGUUCCAUCUCAAUACAUCCCAUACAGUCAACAAUACUACCAAAAAUACAACCAAUAUCCAUCUUAUCAAUACCCAUACGAACCACAAAGCGAACAAUAUUACCAACAAUCCACCAAGCUCCCAUGGUUGUUAUCCGAGAAAUAUGAAAAAUCUUACCCAAUGAACCAAGUACCAACCCAAUACACUCCAUACAAUCAACAAUAUUUCCAAAGAUACAACCAAUUCCCAUCUCAAUAUAUGCCUCAAUCUAAAUAUAUGCCCGAACCUGAAUACAGGCCAUAUUCUCCCGAAUACAUCUCAACCUACGAGAAAUACCCAUAUUUCCAACAAAGAUACCCAUACAUGGAACAAAAAUCGACUCCAUUCCCCCCAUCUUACUACCAAAAAUACGUAGAAGAACCGAUGCCCGAAUCUUUCAGGCCAUAUUCUCAACAAUAUUACCAAAAAUACCAACAAUACCCAUAUUUCCAAAUGAACAAGCAAUUCACCAAACCGAUGCCGUUCGUGAACAGCCCACUCUACCAAAAAUCAAUCUUCAAAUACACCCCAUCUCAAUCUGAGAUAUUCCAAAAAAUCCAGUAUUCUCAAGUACCACAAGAAGUUCCGGAAUUCUACCAGGAGAGAGAAAAGAUACCACUUGAAUACUAUCAACAAGGAAUUUUAAUCACAGCUAAUUUCACCAACUUCAACGCCCAAUUCAACCCGGAAUACCAAUUAUCUUAUUUCACCCAAGAUAUUGGAAUGAACGCUUUCUACUAUUACUACCACAUUUAUUUCCCAUUCUGGAUGAAGAACGAAGAAAUCGCCUUUAAUACUCAAAGACGUGGUGAACAAUUCUAUUACAUUUACCAACAACUCUUGGCUAGAUACAACCUCGAACGUAUUUCUAACGGACUCGGUGAAAUCCCACUUUUGCAAUAUGAACAAGGAGUUCCAGUUGGUUUCCGCACCCCAAUGAUGUACCCCAAUGGAAUGCCAUUCCCAGAAAGGCCGGAUCAUUCUCCAUUUGAAUACUAUCAAGGACCAGCUUAUUAUGAUAACGAUACUUUGAGUUUGUUAAACAUUAAAUUGUACGAAAGGAGGCUUUUGGAUGCUAUCGAUUCUGGAUUUGUUUUAACUAGGGAUGGAAGAUUUAUUUCUAUUUUUGAACCGCAAGGUUUUGAAAUUUUGGGCAAUUUGAUUCAAGCUAACCCCGAAUCUCCCAAUGCAAGGUAUUACGGACCUAUUCUAGUCUUCGCUAGAUACCUUCUUGGACACUCAAAUUAUCCUCUCAAUCAAUACUACAUCAACCCAUCUGUGAUGGAACAAUACGAAACUUCCCUCCAUGAUCCAGCAUUCUAUCAACUCUACAAAGUUAUGAUCUACUAUUUCCAAAGAUUCAAGCAAUACAUGCCGAUGUACACCGAACAAGAACUCUUAUUACCAGGUGUUAAAAUCCAAGAUGUUAAAGUUGACAAAUUGACCACUUAUUUCGACUAUUUCUACACUGACAUCUCCAACAUCAUGCACAGCAAGGGACCAGUUGAAGAUAUCCCAAUUCAAGUCAGACAAUAUAGAUUGAACCACAAACCAUUCAACUAUUACAUGAAUGUUAUGAGUGAGAAACCAUAUGAAGCCGUUGUCAGAGUUUUCUUGGGACCAAAAUACAGCGUUAAUGGAGAACCUAUUGAUAUCAACAAGGAUAGAAUGAGUUUCGUUGAAUUAGACAAAUUCCAAUACACCUUAGUACCAGGACUUAACACCAUCGAAAGAAACUCGAGGGAAUUCUACGGUUACGUUCCAGAACGUAGCACAUACAAGGAACUUUUCAUGCAAUUGGUUAACUACCAAACUCCAAUUCAAUAUAGCCCAAGAGUUUACUGGGGAUUACCACAAAGAAUGAUGCUUCCUAAGGGUACUCAACAAGGCCAAGAAUACCAAAUGUACUUCUUGAUCACCCCAUACCAACCAGUUGAGAAGGUUUUGCCAAGAAGCUACCUUGGAAACAGACCACACUUGUACUGGGACCGCACCUUCGACAAACUCCCAUACGGGUAUCCAUUCGACAGACCCAUUGAUGAAAGCGUUUUCUACGUUCCAAACUCUUACUUCAAGGAUGUCGUCAUCUACAACGAAUUCACCCCCGAAUUCUCCGGGGAAUACCCAUACACCCCAUUCUAUGAGAACUAUUAAGUUCUCAUUGGGUUGUCCAGAAUGAUGAUUAUUUGAUUUGAUCGCAAUUUGUUAUUAUGGUUUUAUUUUAAAAUAAAUAGAAAUAUCGCAUGGUUAA